GAUCACGAAAGAAGUAUACCAUAUGAAGAUCACGAAAUUUUCUUCAUGUAUUAUAAUCAACUUGCAACAGAUGGCGCACAGUUCACUAAACUAAUGAUAAUGUAUAACCAUAACCUAAAACGGCUGAAAUCGCCUAUUAGUUAGUUUUGUCAAUAAAAAAAAAGUACUUGUACUAUGGAGAUGUAUGAAUGAAGAUGUACUUGUGUGACUUAAUUAUUUCUCUGUGUGAUACUUUAUAUAAUAUACUCAAAAUUAAUACCAUUUAUAUGGAACGUCAAAGAAGAUCGGAUCAUCACGCAGAUAGUUUGCAACUUGUGUAAGACUGAAGGACUGAAUAGAGGCGGAGUUUGCAACAAUUUCGACUUUCGUUUGGAAUUAUUAUUCCUUAAGCACACAGGAACUUCUAUACAGAUGCAAGUGCACAGAAUGCCUCUACAUGAAGCUCUGUACAUGAAGUGAUAGUCCCAUCUAAUAUUUCAGUAUUUUCAAAAGAAUACUCCAAUUUGCAAUUAUGGAAACGUCGGACAGAUCAACAAAGCCUGCUAAGGUCGCCGAGGAAAGCGAAAGUUGUGACGAGAGUGUCAAAGGCUAUGUAGAGCCUAGAUUCGAGUGUCCCAUUUGUCUAACAUGGCUGCGCGAUCCAAUUUUAACAUCCUGUGGCCAUAAGUUUUGCUCACAGUGCAUUUACACUUGGCUUAAGAAAGAAGGCGCUUGCUGUCCAGUUGACAGUCAACCUUUGAAGUCUGAAAAUCUUUUCCCAGACCUUUAUACCACUAGAGAGAUAUCUCAAAAACGUACAUGUUGUAUUUAUCAGCAAUUUGGUUGUCAAGUAAAAUUGUCUCCUGUGGAUAUGGAAACGCAUAUCGCUCAAUGCACCUACAAACAAGAUCUUUCGGAGCCUCGAGUACAAAAUAGCACUAAUGCACUGUCUGUGGAGUCAAAAUUAUGGGAUCCACCUUUAAAGAAUGGGAUACAGGUUGCAGACAAGGAAGAGCCUUCUCCCGAUUGGCAACAGUUGCUCAAAAAUUUAUAUGAAAGGAUAGUAGUUUUGGAACAGGAAAAUCGGGAGCUCUCUAUAACAGUGUCAAAUCAGAAAAAUCAGCUCGCGGCUAUGUGUCUACGAAAUUGUAAUGGAGUUUACAUAUGGAGACUGAAAUCCUUUCAAGAGAAACUCGACGCUAUGACCAACGACCCUCUAAAAAUGUUUUAUAGCCCAGGUUUUUACACAAGUCCAAACGGUUAUAAGAUCUGCGCGAGAAUUAAUAUAUCGUCCAAGGACCCCGAUUGUCUAUCUUUUCUUUUGCAUAUUAUGAAAUCAGAGAAUGACGAUGCCUUGGAUUGGCCGUUCAAUGGCACAAUGUUUUUUGCGUUAAUACAUCCGCAAGAUUCAAAAAAGAAUAUAUGCGAAACGACAUCGUCGAAUCCAGAUCUUGAAGCAUUCCGAAAACCCACGUGCGAAUUGAAUAAACGUAGCUUCGGUUACACGGAAUUUAUACCUAUACGCGAUGUAAUCGAUUUUUUGCAGCACGAUACUUUAAUUUUUAGAAUAGAAGUUCACCCAAUAUCUAAGUCACAGACAGUGUGAAUAAUCUCUUUUAUUUAAUUGUAUUUCUAAUAUUUAAUGUUUUAUUUAUUAACAUUUAAUAUUUUUAUAGCAGUUGUAUAUAGAUAUUUAAGACCUCCAUAAACGUAAAUUUGGAUGAUUAUAAAAACGGGUCUUUAUUUUAAAAUUUCUUAUCUCUUAUUACAGAUAUGUGAAGUAGAACUUUACAAAUUAGAAAUAUAUUCUCGCACAUUAACUGUUAAAAUAAAUUAUGAUUUUCUUAUUUCUUUAAAUAAAAUGUACAAAAGAAACUUUUUCUCUUGAAUUGUGACUUAAUUAAUUAUAAAUUUGAUGAAAAGGAACAUAAUCAUAAAACACUUUCUUAUAUACCUAUUUAUACCUAAAAUUGUUAUUUGUGGAAGUAAUUUGUGCAAUAAAUAAACUCAUUUUCUGUCA